AUGUGCUCAGUAAAGCGGCACAUAUCCGGAGUCCCAUCUCCAAUGGGUAAAGAUUGGUGCUUUGAGUUUUCAUUGGGAGUGGAUUGCAGCAAUCCAGAACCACGCUGCAUAUGGUUGGUGAUUCUUAGGAACUCCAGUGUCCUGCCUUGCUGUACUCCAAAGGUCUCUGGAACUGGCAUGAUUCAUUGGGAUCUAAAAAUGGGUAAAGGUUACAAAAAUGAAGGAUUGUCAUCUAGUCAGAAGACACGACUUGUGUCAGGGGAGACCAUGGCCUGGAGGGGUCCUCUCACAGUGGUCCUGCGGAAGAACUCUCUGGGCUUUGGUUUCACAUUGCGCCAUUUCAUAGUCUAUCCACCAGAGUCUGCCUUUAACACUAACCUAAAGGAUGAGGAGAAUGGCAAUAGCAAAGGAGGUCAACAGUCUCGUCUUGAGCCAGUGGAUACUAUCUUUGUAAAGAAUGUGAAAGAGGAAGGCCCUGCCCAUCAGGCAGGCCUGUGCACAGGUGACAGACUGGUGAGGGUGAACGGGCAAAGUGUGCUGGGGAAAACAUAUUCUCAGGUCAUAGCAUUGAUUCAGAAUAGUGAGAAUGUGCUGGAGUUGUCCAUCAUGCCUAAAGAUGAGGAUGUGCUACAGCUGGUAAGUGCAUAUUCUCAAGAUGCCUACUUGAGAAGGAAUGAGCCAUACACUGGAGAAACACAAAACCUUCCUGAGCCUCUUCCAGUCUGUUACUCAAGCAGAAAAUCCUCGUCAACAUUGCAGAACCAUGCUAUUCCUGAUAACAUGAACUCUGACAUUGUUGUAGGGUCUCAACCUUCCCCUCACUGCCUGAUUCACCACCGCAUCUGCUCUUCGUCCUCAGGUGGGAAAACAAGCCUGUUGGACUUCCACUUUGCCAACCACAACGCAGCUAUUGCCUCUGCCUCACUGGCUCACCCUAGGAAAGCCAGUCUUCCCCAAGGUCGCAGUGAACUGUGCCACCAAGGUCUGUCAGACUGGUACUAUAGCCAAGUAGACCAAUCAAGACUUGGCAAUUCCCAUCAUUACCAGAGCAACUCUCAAGACAGGCUCUAUGAACUGGGACUGGCACCAGGAGGGUCUCAUGGUGGUCGGAGACACAACACUUCUCUGGAUGCCCUCCUACUACAUUACAGUGCAGCGAUGGGGAUCAAUCGCUCACCUUGCUCUGACUCCUAUAGUCUUGGGAGAACGAGUCAACACUCCAGCCAUUCUUGUUCAGAAAACCUGCUAGCCGCUUAUGCUUCGUACGAGCAGAGGUUUGGCCAUUCACUGGAAACACUAGAAAAGGCAUCCAUUCUGAUCUCACCCCACAACAAAAGACCAGCACAGCCUCAUGAAAUCCAUCAGCUAAUCAGGGUAGAGGAGUGCACAAGUAUUGCCAAUAAUCACAUGAUUGGUUCCGCAGUUUUGCCACCAGCAGGUCAGGUUUUAAGCCAAAAACAGCAGCCAGCUGUUCACAUCAGACAUUUACCUGCACAAUAUGUUGAUGGUCAGAUGGUAGGCUGCCACACCUCCAUUCCAAAAACCAUCUCACUGCAGAAUCCAUCAUUCAUCACUCCAUCUGUGACAGAGUCCCAAGAGCCCCAAGGCUCACUGGUCACUGUGUUUACUGAGGAACCUUUACAGCUUAAAAAAAAUCUCCCCUCAGGCAUUGAGAGUCAUUGUUCUUUACCUGUGAAUUUUCUUAAACCCCUUUCAGCUACAGCUCUUCCCUUACAGUCAGAAUAUUCUGUACACAAAACCAAUAGUGGCAUUACACACUCAUCUGUGGAGCAGGGCUCCUUGGCUGUCAUCCCAUUAAAAGGCAGUCGGAAAAACAGCCGUCGCUCCUCCUACUUGUUGGCCAUUACUACGGAGCGCUCUAAAUCAUGUGACGAGGGGCUGAACACUUUUAGGGAAGAAGAACGUGUUCUCUCGAAACUGCCAAAAAGAGUUAAAAGCUUUUUUACAGAUGAUUCGCUAGAGAGUAUUAAAGUGGCAGAAGACGCACACUCUAAACGUCACUCCACUUCUGAACUGGGAAACAUCACUCUUACAGACAUCAGAAAAGAAGGCUGGCUGCAUUAUAAACAGAUUCUCAAUGAGAAGCGGAAGAAAGUGGGCAGUGGUAUAUGGCAGUGGAAAAGAGUAUUUUCUGUGCUGCACACUAGUUUACUGUACCUCUACAAGGAUAAGCGUGAGGCAGUGCGUCAUGCAACUAGGGCAAGAAGUCAUGGCAUUGGGCAAGAGGAGGAUAUUCAAACAAUCAGCAUUCAAGGCUGCUUGAUUGACAUUGCAUACAGUGAGACAAAGCGUAAACACACUUUUCGGCUGAUGACUCAGGACUUCUGUGAGUACCUUCUGCAGGCAGAGGACAGAGAUGACAUGCUGAUGUGGAUUAGAGUCAUCAGAGAGAAAAGCAAGACCGAAAAUGAGGAACUGUGCUUCUCCAGACAGGUUCUCAUCAGUAAAAAGCUGAAUGACUACAGGAAACAGAGUCCAACAGGCAACAAGCCAGACACUUCUCCUAAGGUUCAUCAAAUAAUGCCACCUUUCUUUCUCUCUAAAACUGAAAACACAUCUGGUGUAAGCAGAGCCCCAGGGAAAGAUGAGAGUAUUAGGGCUGCAUGGGGUAUUAACAUCAUGAAAAAGGGAAAGAAAAUGAGUCCAAAAACCUUUGGGGUGAGGCUGGAGGACUGCUUGCCCGCUGUCAGUAAUAAGUUUGUUCCACAGAUUGUAGAGAGUUGUUGUAGUCUGGUGGAAGAGAUGGGUUUGGAAUAUACUGGCAUAUACAGAGUGCCGGGGAACAAUGUCAUGGUGUCUUCUCUUCAGGAACAGCUCAACAAAGGCAUGGAUAUAGACACUGCUGAGGAGAGAUGGAAAGACCCGAAUGUCAUCAGCAGUCUCCUGAAGUCCUUCUUCAGAAAGCUUCCAGAACCUCUUUUUACAGAUGAUAAAUAUAAUGACUUCAUUGAUGCAAACCGUUUAGAGGAUACAGGGGAUCGCUUGAAGACCAUGAGGAAACUUAUACGUGGCCUGCCGGAUCACAACUACCACACACUGAAGUUUCUUAUCGGUCAUCUGAAAACAGUUGCAGAUCAUUCAGAGAAGAAUAAGAUGGAGCCUAGAAAUCUGGCCCUGGUGUUCGGCCCAACACUGGUGCGGACCUCAGAAGACAACAUGAUCGAGAUGGUCACUCACAUGCCAGACCGCUACAAAAUUACAGAGACUCUUAUCUUACAUCAUACAUGGUUCUUCAGUGAUGAUCUGGAUGGGGAUAAGAAAACAUUGAUGUUUCUCUUGUAGAUACCUGAGGGACAGAAGCAGAAUGACAUACAGCCAGUUCUUAAUAUUGACCACCUCCUGUCUAACAUUGGCAGAGUGGUGCCGCUGGAAGACUUCUGAGAUUCCACCAGCAGUGACUCAGCUACCUCUAAGGGAACUUCCAAGAAAGAUCUUAGUGCCAAGGACUUCUUUUCCCUGUCUGACAUAUCAGCCAUAACCUGUAAGAGAAAGAAACACCAGAGCACCUGUCCUGCAGACAGCAGUGCAGAUGAAGAUCAUGAGCCGAUCAAAAUGAGCUAG